GUCAAGAAGAUUUGAUUGCGAUUAAUUUUUCACGCUUCUUCUCUCUCGCGUUCCCAUUUCCCGCCAACUGAAGGGAAAGAACUCACAAGAAGUCAAGAAUUGUGAGUCGCCAUCGACGAACUGCAGCCUCGAUUUCGAUUCAAGUUUGAAAUUUCCAGUUCUCAUCACCAAGAAAACAUGAAUCAGGACAUCGAAGCGUCUCCUUCGCCAAAGAAGCAGAUCUCCAAUGUAACUGUCUGCUCUCGCUUCAGGCCACUGAAUUCAAAAGAGAGGAAGGAUCACGGUGGCCAAGUUUGUGUGCGCCGUAUCGACGACGAAACUUUCGUCUUCAAGGAUGAGAAGGAAGAAGAGUCUACUUUCAGCUUCGAUAAGGUUUUCUACGAGGAUUCUCUGCAAGCUGAUGUCUAUGAAUUCAUAGCCCUGCCUAUCGUUCGUGAUGUUGUUAAUGGAGUGAACGGGACGAUAAUCACUUAUGGACAGACGGGAGCCGGGAAGACGUAUAGCAUGGAGGGACCAAAUGUUCUAGAAUCAGAUGAUAUGAAGAAAGGGCUACUUCCAAGAGUAGUAGAUGGACUGUUUGAGCAUCUUGCGUCUGCUGGUGAUUCAAUCAAGUACGAGAUCACGCUAUCCAUGGUUGAGAUCUACAUGGAGAAAGUCAGGGAUCUCUUUGACUUGUCUAAAGAUAAUUUAGUGAUCAAGCAGAAUAAAGGCCAUGAGAUGCUGGUUUCUGGAGUGACAGAGGCAAGCGUAUCCCAUGUUCUCAUAUUAAGACUGAACUUGCAGGCUGGAAUACAAAAUAGAGCUGUUGGGGAAACUCAAAUGAAUCUGGCAAGCAGUCGAAGCCACUGUGCCUACAUAUUCACAGUCCUGUCAGAUUCGACCAGAGAUAGCAGGGGAAGGACAGGGAAAUUGGUGCUUGUUGACUUGGCAGGAUCUGAGAAAGUGGAGAAAACUGGAGCCGAAGGGAAACUUCUUGAAGAAGCUAAGACCAUAAACAAAUCCCUAUCAGCUCUGGGGAACGUGAUAAAUGCUCUAACAUGCAGUUCAUCCAAAUCUAAUCACAUACCUUACCGUGAUUCUAAGCUGACCAGGCUUCUUCAAGAUGCUCUAGGAGGCAACUCUAGGACUGCUUUAAUCUGUUGCUGCUCGCCGAGUACCUCAAACUCAUCAGAAACAUUUUCCACUCUUCGUUUCGGUACCAGGGCAAAGCAUAUAAAGACAUCGCCUACUGCUAAACGGAUAGUUGAUGCGGAAACUGGAGCCAGAUGGAAUGCAGUCGAUGUUCCAACAAAAGUGGAGUCUGUCGAGAGAAUUCUAGCCGAGAUGAAGUUAUCACCAACUGCCCCAAAGAAAGAUGAUGAUCAUCACGAGAGAAUUCUAACCAAGGUCCGAUUUCAAGGUCUAAAGAUGUUGUUCUCUGAAAAUUAUAAUGCAGUUGAGUGAGAGAUUGGAUGACGAGGAUGUCAACUUGCUCGAAGAAUUACUCCUACUGGAGAGAAUACUGUUUGAUCCCGGUACAGAAGAAGACUUGGAAUCAGGCUUCGAGGACAUCAGCUCACCUACAUUUAACUUGCUGCAACAGAAUCUGCAAAAGCUAAUGAUUACUUGUGAAGAGCUUAAGAGUGAGAACAAGGCUCUCAAGGCCAGAAUUGCAGCUGGUGGAACUGUGGAAGGUGGUGGGGAAGAGAAUGGAAGUUUCUUCAUGCAGAAAGUUUCAGGCAUUAUCAGCUUCUUCUUUCCGUAGAUUUGGGCCGGGCCUAGUAGUCGAAUUGCUUAAGUACAAAGCCCUUUUUUGGAUAGGAAGCAGUACACAAUCAAUUAGAGUUGUUUCAGAUUAUAAAAAAAAAAAUAGAGUUGUUUCAGUUUGUACAUCCCUACUGACGGAUGAUAUUCAACAAACAAAGAAUA